ACUGCCAUAAGAGCCGCGCAAGCUCAUCUAUCAUUCUCUUUCGCAAUUUUGCACCUUCGCCUUCGUCGUGCAUCCUCCGCUUCGUCCCUCGAUCAACCAGCUCAAGCACCAUGGCGGAGCAGACCGAGAAGUCGUUUCUGAAGCAGCCCAAGGUCUUUCUCAGCACGAAGGCUUCGUCGAAGGGAAAGGCAGCAGGGAAGGCUGGAACUCGAUUCUGGAAGAAUGUAGGUCUUGGCUUUAAGACUCCCCGGGAAGCUAUCGAAGGUACAUACAUCGACAAGAAGUGCCCCUUCACUGGAGAUGUUUCUAUCCGAGGGCGCAUCCUUACCGGAACUGUCAACUGCACUAAAAUGACCCGUACGAUUACCAUCCGACGGGACUACCUUCACUUCGUUAGAAAGUAUCAGAGGUACGAGAAGAGGCACUCAAACUUGGCCGCCCACGUCUCCCCUGCUUUCCGUGUUAAGGAGGGUGACAAGGUCAUCAUUGGCCAAUGCAGGCCUCUGUCGAAGACCGUGAGAUUUAACGUUCUGAAGGUGAUUCCCAUGGGCGCUUCAGACGGAGGAAACAAGAAGGUGUUUACAGCUGUUUAAAUUAUUAGGCGUCUUUCAUGCACGAGUGGGUGCUGGUUGGGAUUUCUGUCUCACUCACUUAUGGAACGUGCAGAACCACUUGGAUUAAUUAUCACAGGAUGUUUUUGCCCAUACCUGAAGACUUAUUCUGGGGAUACAAGACUAGGCAUAUUUUAGCUUGUCGUGAUGGUUCUCUUCUUCAAUUGUGUUCAAUUUUUAACUUAACUACAAUUUCUAUUCAAAUUGACAAUA